AUGAUAAUUAAUGGGAUAUACUUGUACCUUAAUUCAAGAGAUGAUCAAAACAAACAUGGUGUGGUUUUUAAUGUUUAUGGACAUUUGUUUGGAUUAGUUUCCGGCUCUCUCUUCCUUUCUUUGGAUAAGCUUUCCAACGAAAAAAAGCAUCUGAACAGUGGAGGGAAGUCGUCUUUUUUCCAAGAUGAGGCUUCUCUCAUUAACCAUCUUCAGUCGCCCACCAUUACCACCCUGAACUCAUUCCCUUAUGGCGACCUUAACUUGGUGAUUCCUCAGAAAAACAAUCCCACAAGACUUAUUACAACCAUCGAGAGCCACCGGAAAAGUAAUUUUAUUGUUGGAGUAACGCCAAUGGAUGGUCAAUCAAGUCAAUACCGCAAACGGCCUGCAUCUGAACACGCUAUCUCAAACUCCCCUAAAAAACCGAGAGAUGAAACCGAUGAUGAAGAUUUUAUGCAGUAUCUUAAUUUUUCACAAUCACAGGCACAAAAAUGGAAGACGUCUGUGUGGUGUGUGGUAGGUUGGAUUUCCAUCUUCUCAAAAGUACGCAAUCCAUCAACUGUUACAAAUGGUCUUUGCAGCACAAUCCAGCACGUGCAGAUUUAG